AUGGAUAUUAGAAGAAGGAAUACUCGAAAAUACAGUUUUAGAUGCUCCAAUCUCAUGGAAUUGAGGAAGGUAGCAUCUUUUGUGGAUGAUCCUAAGGGUUUCAGAGACCGUUUUGGAAGACUUUUAUUUGUGCUAUCUACUGAUGUUGAGGAUAGUAUUCUCUGCACUUUGGUCCAGUUCUAUGAUCCUAUCUACCAAUGCUUUACUUUCCCUGAUUAUCAGUUGUUGCCUACCAUGGAGGAGUAUGCUCACCUUUUGGGUGUACCAGUUUCUGAUAGAGUUCCUUUUAAUGGGGUGGAAGGAAUUCUUGAAUCUCGGGUUAUUGCCGAAGUCAUUCAUUUGAGGAAGUCUAACAUAGAGGCCAAUCUAACUGUCAAAGGAGGUAUCAGAAGAUUGACUUCGAAGUUUCUAUUGGAAAAGUCCUUUUCUUUUGCCAAUACUGGUAGCAUGAUGGCCUUUGAAACUAUUCUUUCCUUACUUGUCUAUGGUUUGGUCUUAUUUCUUAACAUUGACAAUUUCGUUGAUGUUAAUGCUAUGAGAAUCUUCUUGGUUAAGAAUAUGAUUCCAAAUCUGCUCGGCGAUACUUAUUUCUCCAUUUAUCAUAGGACUUAUAAAGGGGGUGGAACUAUUGUUUGUUGUGCGCCUUUACUAUACAAGUGGUUUAUUUCGCACUUGCCGCAGUCUCCUGUCUUCCAAGAAAACAAGAAUUGUUUGAGGUGGUCUCAAAGACUUAUGUCUCUCACCAAUGAUGACAUUACUUGGUAUUCUCCUAUUUACGACGAUGUUGAUAUUAUUGAUAGGAAAGACACUCAAGGGUUGAAAGUUAGGAUAAUGUAUGCUUGGCAUAAUGUUCAUAAGAAGGAAAAAAGUGAGCUUGGAUUGAAGAAUUGUGUAGCUUUGAAGCCUUAUACUAGUCGGGUGAAGAAGAUAGUAAAGGAAUUCAAGGUGUCAUACGCUUAUGAAAGACCUAUGUCCUUAGUAAUGGUAAAAUCUCCCAAUAUUAAAGGCAUAAAGGAGUUGCAAGAGGCUUUGGAUAUGAUGAAGCUAGAGAAGGAUGAAUGGGAAAAAAAUUCACACCUCACACCUUGA